AUGAAACGAGUUGGUGUAAUUGGCUAUGGUCAUUUAGGGCAAUUUCUCGUGACUGAGCUUGAUCGAUUGGAGGAAUUCGAGGUCGUGCGAAUAUGGAAUAGAACUGCAGAUGAAAACAAUGGCAUACUGCCUUUGGAUCAAAUCGUUGAGACAAAUCUCAGUGAUCUCGAUUUAGUCAUCGAAGUGGCUCAUCCCGCUUUGAUACGAGAAUAUGCUGAAGUUAUUUUGAACAACUGUGAUUUAUUUAUUGGCUCUCCCACCUGCUUGGCAGAUGCUGCACUCUUAGAAAAGAUACAGACGUUGGUGAAAUCCAAAAAACGUCGAGUAUUCGUUCCAGCUGGAGCAUUUUGGGGAGGGAAUGACAUUCAGAAAAUGGCCGACCAGGGUACUUUGAAAGCUCUUAUCAUAACAAUGACAAAACACCCAUCGUCAUUCAAGCUUGAGUCACCCCUCAAAGAAGUCAACGAAAGGGCAAAGUUAGAAUCUGAGAAAGAGACGAUCCUGUUUGAAGGUCCCGUUCGGAAACUUUGCCCACUAGCGCCGAAUAAUGUCAACACAAUGGCUGGAGCAGCCAUUGCUGCUCAUAAUUUGGGCUUUGAUGGAGUUACUGCUAGACUCGUUAGCGAUCCAAAAAUGACUGACUGGCACAUAGUAGAAGUUGAAGCAGUUGGCCCUGAUGGAUUUACCGUAACCACAGUUAGGAAGAACCCGGCGAAACCUGGAGCUGUUACUGGUCAGCUGACUUAUUACUCAUUCCUCUCAAGUAUCAAAGAAUCUAUUCACAAACCAGUUGGUGUGCAAAUAUGUUGAUGAAGU